UUUACGGUAUUUACCCGUUCCAAACCGCGCACCUCGACUCCGGUCUUUUCAUAUCGAAUAGACGAUGUGCGCCUCGACCGGGCACUGGAGCUGCUCGAACGAUGGUUUUGUCGUUUACCCCGGAUUGACGCAGCGGGUCGGGGGGGGCGAGGGCGUCACUGGGGCUAGGGGAUUCGUGCAGGCGAGCUGUUGGCGCGGUGCUGUGGUGGAAGUGGGCAUGGCCGGUGGGCACCAGCAAGGACGCAGACCGACGCGGCUGCAGUGUGAUAGAUUGCGCUGCAUAACCUGCUCUGGAUCGCUGUCUUCUCUCGCCAGGCCAUAACAUGUGCGUCGCGGCGCGUGGUAUAAGAGGACGCUGCCCUCCGUCAAUGAUGACCGCUGUACCCACAAAUUCAUCCUUGAACCGAGUUGCUAGUCUCCGCCAUGCAGUCUGUACUCCUCACUCUGGUGCUGGCGGCUGCGGCCGCGGCGCUGCCGCAGACGGCGUCCUCGACCCCUCCUGCGUUCAACAUCACAGAUGUGGUGUCGGGCGGCUCGGGGUGUCCGCGGGGAAGCGUUGAUGUGCGGUGGACCGACAACGCGGUGCUGCCGAUUUAUUUUGGCAAGGAGUUCACUGCUGCUGUGGGGCCCAAGGUGGAGGUCGCAGACGCGCGCAAGUUUUGCCAGCUCAAUUUACAGUUGGAGUACAGCGCGGGAUUUAGCUUUGCGGUUUACAAUGCCGAGUAUGCUGGGUAUGCGCAGUUGGAUAGCGGUGUUUCCGGGACGGUCAAGGGCACAUAUUAUUUCUCGGGUGAGGCAGAGCAGACGUCGAGCACCCUGACUCUGAGCGGACCUACGAAGGAACGGUUCAGGAAGCAAGAUGCCGUUGAUGUCGCGGUGUGGUCGCCUUGCUCAGGCACUGCGCUGUUUAAUGUCGUUGCGAGCGUGGCGCUCACGCCGCUCGCAGGACCUGAGAACGGGCUUCUUGGUAUCACAAAGGAAAGCGGGAGGUUGAGCUCGAAUCUGUACGUUCAAUGGAAGAAGUGUUAGGGUGGGCGUAUGAGGUCUUCACCCCAGUCCUUGUUUACACAAAGUUACACAAAGUUAAAGGUGCCGACUUUGGGAUACAUCUACUACAAUCCUACUUCUACGUCAGGAUGGAGCUC